UGAAAUAAGGCGCAAUAUAUUUACCUAUGGAGUGUAUUUAUAGAACGAACUAGUCUAUAUUACUAACGAUGUUGAAAUACAUUGUCCGCCAAAAAGAGACAACUUAGUCAUUAAUCUACAUUCAUGCUCUGUACCACGCAGUAUUUCACACGUGAGUACUGCCCCCUCACACCAGUAUGUUUAUCAUUCUACGUUAAGUCCGCCCUCUAAUCUCUCCCGUGACACAGGCCGUGACAAGAAGGUGGGGCAGCUACUCGCCGCACUGCCUGUAACGACCAUGUGUAACUGGUCACCGUGCAUGUGACGGCGGGAUUGGUCACAAAGUUGUGCAAAAGUUGUUCAUUUCAAUCACAGUUUAGCUUUGAGUUUAGCAUUUUGUUUAAGCUGGGCAUCGUGGCAAUACAACUCCCCAGCUGCCAUGUAGAUUUACUGAAUGGAAACUUUGUGAAGUUGAGUUCUCCUCCAUCUGGUAAUAGAAGCCACAGCGUCUCGUGACAGUCACGUGAAUUGUAGAUCCGAGCGGGCCAUGUGAGGACGUUGUAUAGCGGACUUCCUACACACACAUCUAGGCAGUAGGAACUACUGUCACAGUAAGCCGACUUCAGUGUGGCCCUUUUGAUUCAAACGCUGGUUUCGCUUAAGACAAAGAUGGCCGUCCACUUCCUUUUCGUCAGAUUCGUUCACGCUGACCUUCGGCCGACAACAUUGGAGAAGGAGAGGUGACGCCAUGAGUGUUGCUUGUGCCCAAUCUACCACCGACUAGUCCGAUGAGUGAAGUAAUUCCGUGAACAGCGAGAAUGGGAAGGAUACGAUUUUCCACAUAUCUUCGGAUAAAACAGGUUCUUGUGACGUGCGUGACGGCUAUUUGUGUCGUUACUGUGUUGAUUGCGACAGGCUUUACCUCCCACACGACUUUCACCAAUCGCAGAUAUCACAUGACUGAAUUGUCGGAUUACGUCAGUAAAAAGUUUCCAUUUGGAGGAAACGAACUGACGGCCUUAAAUACUAGUGAAUACACCUCCCAGCCUGUGGCAACCUCAACUAAACCUCCUGUUAUGAAGGAUACAUUUCGGGACUUUUUCGAUUUGAGACCAGUAGUUCAUCCCUUUCGAACCUCACGAAAACAUCCCUUUCUGCCAGAUAUCGUGCUGUCAAAUGAUAUUUGUAAUGGCUCCAAAGUGGAUAUACUCAUAUAUUUCAAUAGUGCUUGUGAUAAUUUUCAAAGAAGGAGAAUUCUCAGAGAAACUUGGGCCCACAGGAAUGUCUUUAAGGAUAUAACUGUCCGAGCGAUAUUUAUAUUGGGCCUUCCUUCCAAAAGAGACACGCAGCUACGUUUAAAUAACGAGAAUACCGUUUACGGAGACCUAGUUCAGGGUGACUUCACCGAUUCAUUCCGUAACCUCACAUAUAAGGCACUGACUGCCAUAAAAUGGAUCAACGAUAAUUGUGCGCAGGCGCGUUACGUCAUUAAAUCGGAUGAUGAUAUGUUCGUGAAUAUGUUUAUGGUUGUUGAGGAUUUUCUUCCUAUGAUAUGCAAGAAACAGCGAACAGUAGUUUGUCAUUACAAGAAACACGGGACCAGUGUCAUUAUCAGGAAUCCGAAAGACAAGUGGUAUGUUCCGCCAGACGUUCUGCCGGAUAAAACAACUUUUCCAGAUUUCUGUUCCGGUUACGUUGUGAUAAUGACAACUGACAGUAUCCCAUUACUAUAUGAAUCGUCUUUUCAAGCUCCUUUAAUAUCUAUUGACGAUGUUUAUAUGUUCGGGGUUCUCCCCCUGUUCUCCAGGAAGCUGAACUAUGUGGAUGGCUCCAAGUACUUCACACUCAACAAUAAGGUAGCACUAGAACAGUACAAGAGCACCAAACCAAUAACCUAUAUAGUGGCUAAUGCAUGGCAAGAUGGCUCCCAGGAGACCUACUGGGCAUCGACCAUCAAUCGACUCUCAUUGUGGGCUAAGCGACAUGCCAGUAUUGUCGUACUUCGAAAUAGCAUGGGACCAAAAUAGUGUGAAUCCAUCUAAGUCUAUGUUGAAAUGAUCAUAGCAAUGGUGGUGUGCGGGGUGUUCUGCGGAUAUACGUCUGCCACGAAGAGUACAGGCGCUCUCUCAACAAUAAGUUUAUCGAAAAUAAUCAUCUGAGAAUACUUGAGGUAGAAUUAUUCUCACACUUUCACACAGAGCUAUCAUGUUCCUGUUCCGGAAAUAACGCAAGAAUGAAACCUGUAUGUGCAUGCAUCUUGGCAAUAAUUAGACCCAUUCAACCAGUGGGAUAACAGGAAUAUCAGUGUUUCUGUAUAGCGUCAGAUUGUCUGACGUCAUUGGCUAUAUUCCUUGGUGGAAACACCAUCUCAGAACUGCGUCACAUGUCAUAUGAUCUCAGUUGUCAGACACCAGCGUCAUGGUGGUGUCUGCAAGCAAAGGUGCACAUUUCAAGAUAUGAACUUACAUUUUUACUGCGAGAACUAAACCGUGAUCAUUGUACGAGAGACAACACAUAUGUAUCAUAUCGCCACGUUGAUACAUUCGUAUCAUGUCAGUCAGUCAGUCAGUCAGUCAGUCAAAAUUACCUCUGCCCUACACGUGUCAUAUACCUAAACCCUUGUUAAUUAAUAGUCGCAGUCCUGUUGAAAACUUACUGGCAAUACUCCAUAACGUUGAUAUUUGACCAUGCCAAGUCUUGUUCUCGUAAUACUAAGAGCCGUGCAUUUAAGAAAUAAACGAUUCGUGGUCGUUGUUUAUCGUACAAUAAAACACUGAGUAAGAAUAAACCAUGAGGGUCGUAGACCCGAGAGUUUCAUUCUUCCCGCAGUGUUUUAUUGUACGAUAAACAACGACAGCGAAUCGUGUAUUGCUUAUAUGAGAUAUUAUUUUAUGUACAGCCUCUUUAAGGAUGUUACUAAAAUGUACAAGAAUCCAUAUUGAACAUAUUUACCCGUAUUUAAAUAAUGACGACUUCCUAAAUAGAAUCCGUACUCGGUGAUGUCGGACAAGUCCAUUCUAUGAACAGGGGGUUAAAUUUGGACUUUCCCGCAUACAUGUAUUCUCACAUUACCUGUACCGUUUCUCCCAAUACCGAUUGUCAUAUCUCGCCCACAUUUGGACGCGAUCGUUCAGCUAUUACGUUUAUCUACGUUGCCAAACUACAUCACCCUAACAACUCACGAGACACUUCCCUCUAAAAAAUAACGUCUUCCAAUUUACGACGUCAUCUAAUUGUGAGCGCAUAUUCGAAUCUCCGGAAAUGACGUCAUUAUAGAACAAUGUUUUUCGUGAAUUAAACCACGCUUCGUUUUAUCGCUUAGCUAUCUUAUAUUGGCGGAUAUUGCAAAGCUACCAAUUCCCAUACAUACAGUGAUGUCCAAAGGCAGGAUGAUUCUGUAUCGAAUGCCUUCACAAGCGUAGUUCAAUUGCUCAUUAAAGAAUAGUAUUAAAUAUGUAUAACCUCAUUGCCGAAAUAAUUAACUUUUUUAAGAACCGCUACAUAUUUGAUUUGUAUUUGUCAAGAGUUCGGUCGUCCAGUUGCUGUUUUGAGUACACUAUGCAAAGAAGACGCGAGACUCAUUGACUCGUUCAUGUUUCUGGUUCAUAAUUCGUAACCUGUGAGUGAUUCGUCGCCAGUCAAUGGCAGACAGUAACAGCAAAGCAGUUCUUUGAAGUUUUGACCAAUACCUUUGCAAAGGGCCAAUAAACUAUGUGAACCACACAUCGCCACUUCUUCAAUACUGACAUCGUUAUGAUGAAUCCACGUAUUCAAAAUAGUUUACAGGUGUGGCACACAAAUAUUGUAAACAUUGUAUCCUAUUGACAUACAUUCCUGCCAGAUACAGAGAAUAUCGCGAGUUGGCAACGUUUCCUUGCAGCAUCUGGAACACAACAGCGUACGUACUUUAUACCACAUUAACAUUAACGAAGGUUUACGAUUUGAAUUGGCAAUACGCUUCCCAUUUCAUCAGGUCAUAUGAGGUGAAGUGAAAUGGAGGUUUAUAUCGCGGUCAAGAUUAUUGUACUAAGAAAGCACGUGCAUGCACGUGUGUGUGAGUGUGGCAGCUUGUACUAGUCCGGUGCUACACCUUCACUCGAUAAGGCUAGAUCUGCAGCGGUCGCGGGAGCCAGGUUGCUGUAACACUAGGAUAAGGUAAAUCGCUGCCACAAACAUCUUUGUGCGGUAGUAGGAAACUUUUCACUGAUGUUUCCAGCACAUUAAAGACGAGCUCUCGUCCUUCUUUGGUAACAGUGUCGAACAUCCCAAAUAAAGUCUCAUGAUGUUAGCACAAUCGUUCUCAUGACCUUUCAAUAGAUAAUCACUUCUUAAACGUACUUUGAAUCUCCCUUCACUACAAAGAGCGCGAGUUGGUCAAAAUGUAGUUCACAUUAUCCCAAAUUAUAGGUUCGUAAAGACAUACACAUCCAAAAUAUAUUAUUUUUGUAGAAUAUAUUACUUUGGGCGAAUAUACAUUUUGGAACAAGCAGUAAUGUAAAUGUUUGUAUAUAAUGUAUGAUAAUAUUCAAUAAAAUAAUAUUUUAUAUGAGACGACUCAGUGUA